AUGGAUCCGGGAAUCCUUUGUUUUCACCAUUGCGACCACAAAGUGUUUUGUACUAUUAUACCUGAGAAGUGUCCUGUUUGUAAUCAAAAACUCGAUAGAUACGACUACAAUCUCUUGCCGUUCAGAGUUCCAUAUCCAUUCGUUAAGGCUUUGCAGCACCCUCGUGCAAUAGUCAUGAAACCAACACACGGGGACUUCCUCAAUGACUAUUAUAAUUCUAAGGAUUUACAUAUCGGAGUUACGAACUCUCAAGGCUGUGUUAUUGAAUUCAGUGUUGAGGGUAUCCAGGGUGUUGAUCCCAUUACCAAAAAGUGGAGUCAAUGUGAUACAAGUUCAGAUUGGGACCAAUGCCUCAUGUUAGAACAAUUUGACGAAUUAUGGAAUGAAAUUUGGGAUGGAAUACUUAUAAAGGUGAGUUCCAGUCCUCUAUGGGAGGCAGAGAGGUAUGAUGAGGAACACCAUAAUUGUUUUACAUUUGUGUUGGCAUUUCUGAGAGCAUUGGACUGUGGGGAGCUUUCGGAAAAGGCCCAAGAUCCAAAGCUAUUUUGCAAACAAUAUGUUGUGCCACGCACAUCUGCUGCUGGGAAGUACAUAUCCCUCUACAGACAACUGAAGAGGCAAAGUUUCUUCAUACAGAACCAAUGA